AUGAAGUACGUUGGACUAAAUGUGAAAGUUCAAGUGUGUUAGUAAACAAAACAUUGACUUAGUGAAUCUACCAUUAAUGCACUUUCUUCUCCGUUUUGUCUUGGAAUUAUUAUUAUUUUCCAAGAUUGUCGAUAAUUGUGUCGACAAUCCCCAAGAUCGAUCACUAUUGUUCUAUACUUUAAUUUUUAUAGAAAGAUUCUAGAAAAAUUUAAAUAAAAUUUGCACAAAAAAAGACACAUUCGCAAAGGCAAAUAUGUUAAAAAAAAAAAAUUAUUAAAUCUUCUAAGGAAUCUCUGUUAUACAGUAAAGUAACAAAUUUCUUGCAGAAACCUCCUACUUGAACUCCAGUCAAACUCGAUAUAUACGCGCUCGUGUUUCAAAUCGUUCUCAAAUUAAUCUUUUUAUUACAAACGCCGGAUAUAUACGUAUUUUAAUCACAUAUUAAAAAUACGUAGUACACUUUAGCCAUGAAACUUUUCUAUCUCUCCUACUCGACAGUGAGAUAUUUAUACGACAAAAUCGAAAAAGAUCGGCUACAAAUACAACGUGUACGAAAAAAAAUUAAGUUAGAUUUUUGCUUGAAAAAUUAAAGUUUGUUUAAAAAAAAGCUUCUAUUUCAAAACGGGGAUUAAUGUGUUCGCAAAAAGUGUACACUUCUGUUGGUCCCGCUUCAGCGGCGGAGCGAACCAUCGUAACAGAAAAGUUUCAAAAAAUUGUCUUCCGAGAAAUUAAAGAAAGCAAGAAACGAAAGCUCCGAGACUGUUUCUCAGUGAAACGGGCAACGAUCGCCGCGCGAUAACUUGUCAUUAACGCGUCUCUGCUCUCUGUUCGACAGGAGGAGAUCGGCGAGAUCAUCGAGUCGUCGCCGACGACUCCCCUGAUCAUUGCCGACGAGCCGAGGUAUCCCACGCAGACGGCGUUGCCGGUGCAGGCGACACGCUACGCGAGCACUGUCGUCGAUCCUCUUGCGAUCGUGAAACCACCGGCGAGAAGCUUCGCGUACAGACGUGUGCAGAACUGCGGCGGCAGCAGGAGCUGCAACGUGCUCGAGGACGUCGGCGAUUGGUCGAAGUUCAACACGAUCAUCGCGAACGAGAUCGACGAGCUGACGAGAGAGCUGGAGCAGAAGAGGAACAAGGAAGAGCGGCGGAGGGUCGUGCAGUACAAGGAGCUGUUGAACGAGUUCGGCAUAUCGGACAGCGAGAGUUCGGUUGGUGGCAGCUCGUGCGAGGCGAGCACCGAUCGAUCAUCGUCCCGGCCGAGCAACGCCAGCCGUGAUCGACGAAAUGGAAAGUUGUUCAGCGACGAGGCAGCCGAUCGCUUCCUGUUGAGCUCGGACUACGACGAGUCGCGAGACUCGGAGUCCGUUUCCAACGACCGAACGAAGAGCGGAAGCUUGCCCGAGGAUCUGCAGCGCGUCGUCGUUGGACGUGCCAGAUGUCAAGAUCGUAGAGACACGCCGAACGUUGACCACCGCGAGCCGAGUUUCGUGCAGGAUCGAGGUCAAUUCGAAAGGGAUAAUUCUAGUCUAUCGUUGAAACUGGAUCACACGUGCGAACGCGCGGCAGAAAAGCAGGAGGAGGAGGAUAGUACGUUGACUACGCGCGUCAAGUACCUUGCAAACAGUUCCGACCAACCAAAGAAACACGUAGAGAUAAGUUUGAAGACCGAUGAGGAGGUGGACGAGGAGAGGGCGAUUGGUCCUUCGCAGAUCGGCACGGGCAAUCGACUCGGUAAAGACGAAUCGAACGCGAAGCUACCACCGAGGCAACGGUUCGACGCCCAUCGAAAGACCAGUCUGCCAGUGAAUUUCGCCUGCCAAAAUCGAAGAAGAGUGCCCAGACUGGCGAGAAUUCGGCGCAACGACGAUCAGACGAUGGAUCCCGAGUACGAUCUGGACGAGGAUGGGAUUCGCUCGCUCGUGCCGAGAUCGUUGGACAGCAUCGGGCCGAAAUCGGCACCGGUCACGCCCACCGAGGAGAAGAAGUCGCCGUUUUCGAAAUUCCUCUGGAAGAAACACGCGCCUGUUUUCCAUGAGAACGCGGACGACGUGGUCCUCGUCAGAGUUUCCUCGUUGCCGGAUCAGGAUUUCCUUCACAUGGGCAACAACGAGACGACAUUGCGGGUGAAGAACGGCCGGGUGAAUGUGAAAGAUCUGGCAAAGAAGAGAGCGGUCUCGCCGUUGACUCUCCGCUCGGACAUAUCAGCGAAAAGACUGUCGGAGUCCGACAAGGACGUGAGACAGGUUAGCCCUGUGGAUUUGAAGAAAUUCUCGCUCUCGAGAUCGAGGGGCAACGACGUGGGCGUUAGCUGCGAUCUUCCGGAGAACGAGCACGCCGAUUCCACUGAAAGCGUCGACAGCGGGAAGUUUGACAGAGCGGAGAGCGUGGACGUGAAGAAAAUACUGGACGAGCAGAAUUCUAGAUCUGGUUCGAUCCGAAACGGCUCUGGUUCAUGCUGCCCGAACAGUCCGCCGAUGGAUUCGCUUGCUUGUUCCGACAUGGCGACGCAAACUUCGCCAGCUAUUUCCAGAAGUUCCAGCUUCACGUGGGUCAGCGAUUGCGAAUCACCACGAGGUAAUCACUCUCGCGUUUAUUCGAGCAUUUUUUCUUUCGCCGCAUAAAUCGAUACGCCAUACCCUUAAAAUCAUAGUUUUUGUAUUCAACAAUUUCUCAUUUCACGCAUAAUUUAAGAUAAUUUAAAAAUUAUUUCAGGUGUGCAAGUUACGUGAAUCACUCUGAAAUAUCGUAGUAUUAAUUUUUUAAAUACAGAAUUUAAAUAUGAUUUAUUUAAGGAAAAAAGAAAAAUAUUUUUAUUCAUUUUUAUUCAAGCCUAGCUUUUGAUUUUUUUUUUUUAGAGUAACGAAACUGAAGAAAUUUUGGUCAAAUUUUGGGUGA